CGUCCAGCCCACACAACUCCCUCUCUUCUUUACCCGGCUUGCGAUUCCCCUCCCCCCAAACCCAGGCUACCCGAUCCGGAGCGUUUCUCUCUCCGCGAUGGCCGAGCAGCCCCCGCCCGGCGGGAUCGACCCGCGCAGCGGCUUCUGCGCCGCGACGCGGACCUUCCACAGCCUGCGCCCGUCCUCCACGCUCCCGCCGGACUCCCUCCCGGCCACCGCCACCGCCUACGCCUUCUCCACCCUCCGCUCGCCGCUACCCGACCGCCCCGCGCUCGUCGACGCCGCCACCGGCAUUGCCGUCUCCUACCCCUCCUUCCUCGCCGCCGUCCGCUCCCUCGCGGGGGGGCUCUGGUCCGCCCUCGGCGUCCGCCCCGGGGACAUCGCGCUCGUCGUCGCUCCGUCCCGCCUCGACGUCCCCGUGCUGGACCUCGCGCUCAUGUCCGUCGGCGCCGCCGUCUCGCCCGCGAACCCGGCGUCCACCGCCGAGGAGUUCGCGCACAUGGUCGCGCUCGCCAGGCCGGUCGUCGCGUUCGCGGCCCCCGAGGUGGCCGCUAAGCUGCCGAGGGGCCUCCGGUGCGUCGUCAUCGGGUCGGACGAGUACAAGAGGCUGUCGUCCGCCGGAGGCGCGUCGCCGCCGCCGCCGGUGGCGGUGAAGCAGUCCGACACGGCGGCCGUGCUGUACUCGUCGGGCACCACGGGGCGGGUGAAGGCCGUCGCGGUCUCGCACCGCAACCUCAUCGCGCUGAUCUGCACGCACAGGGCGAACCGGGAGAAGGUCGAGAAGGAGGCUGCCGAGGCCGGCGAGGAGCCGCCCCCACCCACGGUGACGCUGCUCCCCCUCCCUCUCUUCCACGUGUUCGGGUUCAUGAUGCUGCUCAGGUCCGUGGCCAUGGGGGAGACCGCCAUCCUCAUGGAGCGCUUCGACUUCGGCGCCGCGCUGCGCGCCGUCGAGCGGUACCGCGUCACGCUGCUGCCCGCGGCGCCCCCGGUGCUGGUGGCCAUGAUCAAGUCCGAGGAGGCGCGCCGCCGCGACCUCUCCUCCCUCCUCGUCAUCGGCAUCGGCGGCGCGCCGCUCGGCCGCGAGGUCGCUGAGCGCUUCGCCGCCAUCUUCCCCGACAUAGAACUUGUUCAGGGCUAUGGUCUGACGGAAUCGUCUGGAUCGGUGGCUGCCACGGUUGGUCCGGAGGAGUCCAAGGCCUACGGUUCGGUUGGAAAGCUGUCAUCGCACAUGGAGGCUAAGAUCGUCGACCCCACCACCGGCGAGGCGCUCGGGCCGGGGCAGCGCGGGGAGCUUUGGGUCCGUGGACCAGUCAUUAUGAAAGGUUAUGUGGGUGAUGACGAGGCAACUGCAGCAACAAUGGAUUCAGAAGGCUGGUUGAAAACUGGUGAUCUAUGCUACUUCAAUGAAGAUGGUUUCCUCUACAUUGUUGAUCGAUUAAAGGAGUUGAUAAAAUACAAGGGAUAUCAGGUGCCUCCAGCUGAACUGGAGCAUAUCCUGAAUUCUCAUUCUGAUAUCAUGGAUGCUGCAGUUAUCCCAUAUCCAGAUGAAGAUGUCGGGCAAUUACCAAUGGCUUUCAUAGUGAGGAAACCAGGCUCAAACCUCACCGAGCAACAAGUCAUGGAUUACGUGGCUAAACAAGUCGCACCGUACAAGAAAGUCCGCCGAGUGGCCUUUGUCUCUGCAAUACCAAAAUCGCCUGCCGGGAAGAUCUUGCGGCGCGAGCUUGUACAGCAGGCCGUGUCCAUGGGUGCCUCCAAGCUUUGAGGUUUAUGCUGACUUGGAAAUCUAGGAGGAAAGUUCUUGUGUAGUAUACCAUAUUACCAGACCCGGGAUUUGUACUGUUAGAAUAAUUAGGUUGUUGGCCCAUUAUUUAAUUGAUCAAAUAAAUCCCAAGGCUCAUUAGUGGUGGUAGUUACACUUGGAAGUUGAGAGGGUCUCUAACCAAUCAAUUUAUAAGGUGGAGCUAUGCUGCAUCUGUUGAGAAGUUGAGGGAGGGAUAGCAGGACGUGCUCGCCGCCCCGCGCCGUGAUCGGACGGGAUGUGUGGGCUGGGCUUGGUCAGGUUUUGUUAACAGAUGAUGGACAGGAUGUGUGGGCUGGGCUUGUUCAGAUUUUGUUAACAGACGAUUGAAUAGCUGGUAGCUAUACCUAUCAGUUACCACCAGAAAUUGAUCGUUUGAUUGCUACAUUAA